AGGGGGUGGGUCGGUCAGUAGGUCUCGGUUGUGUUCGUCGAUAUCCCGCCUUGCUCUCAUCCCCCUCCCCUCUCCCGGAUAGGAGUAGACGCCCGGGGCUUCUUUCUACUGCUUCGGCCGCUCGGCUAACACUGAGAGAGGCGUCGAUGGGAGGGUCUCAGAGCGCGGCACUUCCCGGCGGCAGGACCGAAGGAUUCCACGUCCUCCGGGUGCAGGAGAACUCCCCAGGAUACUGGGCUGGGCUGGAACCAUUCUUUGAUUUUAUCAUUUCAGCGGGUGACAGGAGGCUGGAUAAAGAUGACAAUGCACUGAGGGAACUGUUACUAGGCAAUGUGGAGAAGUCACUCAAAAUGGCCAUUUACAACACCAAGACUCAAGCAGUUCGCGAAGUCAGUGCAACACCCAGUAACCUCUGGGGUGGACAGGGGCUGCUUGGAGUCAGCAUUCGGUUCUGCAGCUUUGAAGGAGCAAAUGAAAAUGUUUGGCACAUCUUGGAAGUGGAGCCCAAUUCCCCUGCUGCACUAGCUGGUCUGAGGCCAUACACAGAUUACAUUAUUGGAGCUGAAGCCAUCCUCCGUGAGUCUGAAGACUUGUUCUCUUUGAUUGAAUCCCACAAUGGAAAACCACUAAAGAUCUAUGUGUACAACACUGACACCGAUAAUUGUAGGGAGGUGAUUAUCACACCAAACAGUGCAUGGGGUGGAGAGGGCAGCUUGGGCUGUGGUAUUGGCUAUGGAUACCUACACCGGAUACCAAUCCAUAAGCAGCUAACAGAGAGGAAGGUAACUCCAGUUCUCCGAACUAGCCUGCCUUCAAGUCCUAUGGUUCCUCUUUCAGCUCCAAGUGCUCCUGCAAUGAGUAACAUGCCCUCAGGUCUGCCAAAGGAGCUGAGUGAUCUCGGGCUGAGAACAGCAUCUACUUCAGUCACAGGCACAUUUCCACCAGGUUCUGUGGGAGUUCCAUUGUUCCCUUCCCCUUUGAAUGAGCCUUUCACUGUGUCACUAGCUAACGCAGCCAUCACCAGUACUGUGCCAGGUCUAAUAACUGCACCGCCUGUGUUUACCAACCUACCUAAUUUUCCAAACCUAAACGUGGCUUUUCCCAGCCUCGCCAUGGGAACACCGCCACCAGGAAUGGGAGGAAAUCCUGUGGCCACGUCUGCAGAUUCACCCUUGUCAACACCCAAUCCAGUACCACGUCUGGCUUUACCUAACCUUCCUCCUGCAGAUCCUGCCAUGACUCCUGUGCUUCCGGCUUUCUCUACAGUGCCACCGUUUUGCCCCAGCCCUUCAACUACAUCGGAGAGUAUUACAGUACCUUAUCACUCUCAGUGGAGUAAAGUCUCCGAUCCCACACCUGCUGUAGCUCAGGAAUAGUGUCCUGCCAACAGCUGAGACGAAAGUUGUCUUCCGCACUUGUUGUAAUGAAACUGACAGAAGGGUAUAAUCUGUUCAGAAAGCACUAAUAAACUACUGAGGGAAGCCUACCCCAACGUGAGUAGUACUGCCACAAUUCUAACCGAAUAGAAACCAACCUACUUUUAAUAACUGAGAAAGGCUUCCCAGUCUAGCAAUAUGUAUGUAGUUGUCAGUCUGACUCUAGCAGCAUGACAAUCAUUUUAAAAAAAACUUCAUUUCAGAUAAACUACCAGAAUCCCAAACUGAGCACUGCAUUCUCCUGAAUAUCAGAUUCCCAUUGUGGAAACCUCAAUGCUCACACAAGGUGACUCCCUCCCCACCCCUCCAUCCAUUGUUUUCCAGUACCUAGUGCACACGCAAUGUUUUCACUGUAGCACAGCUCAAUCCUCCUCUAGCAUGUUAUGGUUUCUUGUAUUUUUCUAAAAAAAAGUAUUUUGUAUGAAGUUUUAAUGACUGCUCUAGCAUUCUGUUGGAGUUUGGAGCUGAGAGCUGAUUAAAGUUUGAGGCAAAGCAGUUUUUCAAAAAAAAAAUUGCCACUUUUUUUUUGUCAAGUUGAAUAGUUUCUUUAAAUCUACUGAGUAUAGAUAUAUUUGCAGCAUGAAUGGUUAGAGAUACAGGUUUUCCUUUUUAGCCUGACAUCCUGUUAGAGCGCCUGGUCCAAAUAUUGUCAUAAACACAGUAACCCACCAGUUAAGAUGUGCUAAUCAAUAUUCAGCAGUAAUCAAAAAUGACAGUAUUGCAGAAUGCAAUUAACCAUCUAUCAUCCAGGAAAUGUGCUGUUGAAAUAUUAUAUGCAGCUUAUGAUUUGGUGUUGACCUAUUUGUGUUGGUUUAUGACCAUAUAUAUCAUCACUAUUUUUUGUUCAGUAGUGUGCUCUGCAUAGUAACGUGAGGUGAAGAUGCUGAAAAAUUAAGAAGCAAUGAGGUGGAUGAAAUUUCUGUGGUCAGCACGUGGGACUUCUCAACUUUUUCUAUUUGCAAACCGCAAACCCCUCCCCAAAGUUGAUUUAGUACUGCGGUCUCCUUGCACUCAAAUCAGAUCUUCCAUUGUUUAUAAAAUAUUCUAAAUUUUUCCAAGUGCUUCCACUUAAAUUGUGCUUCCACUCAAUAUUGAAACAGUCUUGUUAAUUUGAGAUAUGGCCAAAGCCAUGCUCAGUAAUGACCUGAAAAUCAAAAACUGCAGAUGCUGAAAAUCUAAACAUAAAAACAGAAAAUGCUGGAAGUACUCAGCAGGUCGGGCAGCAUCUGUGGAGAGAGAAACGGAUAAUGUUUCAGGUCAAAGACUGUUUGUCAGAACUGGGAAGGAGGCAAAAGAAGCCUGUUAUUCUGCAGUGAGGGUCGAUGUCUCUGAUGGGGUAAAACUGGCGUAAGUUGUAAACCAGGUUCUCACUCUCGAACUGCUCCCAUUCACUCAUUGACCAGAUAACCUUGUUUACAUCUUAUCCCCAUGGUCACCUUAGUUUUACCCUAUCAGGGACAUCCCCUGUCCCAUCCUCUGCAACUUAAGCUUCUGUUCUGACGAAGGGUCUUUGACCUGAAAUGUUAGUUAUAUUUCUCUUCCCACAGCUGCUGCCCGACCUGCUGAGUGUUUCCAGCAUUUUCUGUUCCCAUUCGUAACCCGACAGAUCAGCAGGCAGUCGGUAUCACAGCAAGAAAGCAAGUCAGCAGUUGAUCAUUUUCUCUGGGCUCCACCUGUUCAUAAACCAGUAUAAAGUGCUGUAGGUGCCUUGUAUCCACAGUGGAUCUGGUCCGAUGCUGUAUUUACAUUGUGGUGGCUUCCUUGCUUUGUCCUUCACUACAAUAGCAAAGGUUGAUCAUCCUUUGGGAAAUGUGAAGUGAUGGAAACCAUUGUAACUCCUCUCUCCAAGAAGACAGCAGCCGAUCUUUCAUUUGGGAAGAAAACUGCUUUGGUGUUUGAAUUAAUAGACUGCUUCUGAUUGAGAGAGAUUUGGCAGUUCUUUCCAAAACACAUUUUAUUCCUCUUUCCUCUCUCUACUGGUCCUCUGGACCUGUGUAACAAGUUCGUUCUGCAGCCUCAACAUUGCCUCUAAGCAUGUAAGUUGUAAAACCUUGCCUGUUAAAACCUUGCCUGUUGAAGGUUUGCUGUAGCUUGUUGUUCAGCUGUUUCCUGUUGUUCCAGGUCCCUCACCAAGUUAGACUGCACACCUUGCAGACAAGUGGAUUAUAUAUAUUUUCUCUUUUGAAAUGCAGGCUGGUUUAGAUGGAUCUUUUUGCAAAAGAAUACCAAAAGUGACCAAAUAUCUUGUAGAACUGGAAUGAUUCUCUUGAGUGCAGAAAAUAGCUUGCAGUUGAAGUUUUGAUGAUCCUUAUUUUUUUUAGUCAGAUACUGGACCAAUAUAUUUGAAACUGAGCUUAUAACUGUAUUAAGCCCCUUAUUGCAUUGCUUCCAUAAAGUGAGCGAUUUGUGUCUAGUGUCAUGAACAUUGUGUGUUUCUUUGUGACCAAGUGUGUCAUUGUGAUACUACUACUACAACAACAACAACAACAACCUGGCUUACUCUGGACUGCAUCCCAAUUUGGCUCUGAGCUAUUGAUUGCAAUAACUAACAUACAGUACAGGGUUUAAAUGACUUAUUUGGGGGCACUCAGAUAGUAGUUCAAUGGCUUGAAAGUUCAGUGUUCUUUUAGACAUCUUAUUAAUGUCCUUCUAUGUUUUUUAAAGUUUAAUAUUUACUGUGAAAUUUCCCUUUUGCUAUAAAUGUUCAGUCAUUUGCUUUUGAGUGCAUCAAUA